AUGGGUGGCCGCGCGGGGCGGUGCUGGAGGAAGCGCGGCCGCUCUCCGCGCGGCGGGGCCGCGCUGCUGGCGCUGGCGCUGCUGGCCGCCCUGGGCUUCCUGGCGUGGCGGCGCGGGCCGGCGCCGCGGGCAGCCGCCCCGUCGCUGCCGCCGCUGGACGCGGCGCGGCUGCGGAGCCCCGUGUACGAGAAGCCCGCGCUGGAGGCGGGCGCGCUCGGCGAGCUGGGCCGCGCCGUGCGGCUGGAGCUGAGCGCGGCGGAGCGGCGGCGCCAGGAGGAGAGCAUCCGCCGGCACCAGAUCAACAUCUUCCUGAGCGACCGCAUCUCGCUGCACCGCCGCCUGCCCGAGCGCUGGCACCCGCUGUGCAGAGAGAAGAAGUACGAUUACUACAAGUUGCCCAAAACCUCUGUUGUGAUAGCUUUUUAUAAUGAGGCUUGGUCAACACUGCUACGAACUGUCCAUAGUGUUCUUGAGACAUCUCCAGAUAUACUUUUGGAAGAGGUUAUCCUUGUGGAUGAUUACAGUGACAAAGAGCAUUUAAAGGAGACUUUGGAGAACUAUGUGGCUAACUUGCGGAAGGUGCGCCUUAUCCGGGCGAAUAAAAGAGAAGGGCUGGUGAGAGCACGGCUGCUGGGGGCUUCGAUAGCAAAAGGGGACAUCCUGACUUUCCUCGAUUGCCACUGUGAAUGCCACGAAGGCUGGCUUGAACCACUGCUGGAAAGAAUUGGGGAGGAGGAGACAGCUGUCGUGUGUCCUGUUAUUGAUGUUAUCGACUGGAAUACGUUUGAGUACUUGGGAAACGCUGGGGAACCACAGAUUGGUGGAUUUGACUGGAGACUCGUCUUCACUUGGCACGUAACCCCUGAAAGAGAGCAGAAACGAAGGAAGUCUAAGACUGAUGUGAUCAGAUCUCCAACCAUGGCAGGUGGAUUAUUUGCUGUUAGCAAGAAAUAUUUUGAUUAUCUUGGUUCAUAUGACACAGGAAUGGAAGUCUGGGGGGGAGAAAACCUGGAAUUCUCAUUUAGGAUAUGGCAGUGUGGAGGAAGUCUUGAGAUCCACCCUUGCUCUCAUGUAGGUCAUGUUUUCCCCAAACAAGCUCCUUACUCACGGUCCAAGGCUUUGGCAAACAGUGUACGUGCAGCUGAAGUGUGGAUGGAUGAAUACAAAGAACUUUAUUACCAUCGAAAUCCAAAUGCCCGCCUGGAACCAUAUGGAGAUGUGACAGAAAGGAGACUCCUUCGAGAGAAGCUUAAGUGUAAGGACUUCAAAUGGUUCUUGGAGAAUGUUUAUCCUGAGCUUCAUGUACCUGAGGACAGGCCUGGAUUUUUUGGGAUGCUGAAGAACAGAGGAAUGGAGAACUUCUGUUUUGAUUAUAACCCUCCAAAUGAACAUGAAGUAACUGGACACAGGGUUAUAUUGUACCCAUGUCAUGGCAUGGGGCAAAAUCAGUUUUUUGAAUAUACAUCCCGUAAUGAAAUACGUUACAACACCAGGCAGCCAGAAGCCUGUGCAGCAGUUAAUCCAGGAACUGACUAUUUGAUUAUGUACUUGUGUGAAGAAAAUGUUCACAGUAUCCCUGAAAAUCAGAAGUUUAUUUUCAGAGAGGAUGGCACCCUACUUCAUGUACAAACCCAGAAGUGUUUACAGGCAGAGUCAAACUCUUACAAUGGUAAUCCAGCACCACUAUUACGACCAUGUACUGAUUCAAACUACCAAAAAUGGUUCUUCAAAGAACGAAUUUGAUCCAGACACCAUCAUCCUUUAGUACAUAGCCAAAUAUGAAAAUAUUAUCUUUCUAGUCAGCAGCUCUUCAGCCUUCUGUAAAUUACAUAGUUGAUAUAUUUUUGUAUAAAAAGAACUAUAAUUGGUUUACAAACAUUGAACUGUGUUUCCUGGAGCAUUAAAAGACACUAAGCACUCUUUUUUUCUGGCAGCUACA